AUGAUUGAGGAUGUUGCUAAGAAACAUGAAGAACGAUUGGCUAUUCAGUCUCGAAAUUUUGAAUCCGAGAUCAAUAAGCUUCGUGAAGUUGCUAAAGAGCGUAAUGAGCUCUUCGAGAAGAGGGUGUCUGAAAUGAAAGCUUCUUUUAAACUCAAGAUUAAUGAGCUUCAAACCUUGAUGCUUAAAGAGGUUAAGAAUAUAGUUGACAACUACAAAUUUUUUGAUGAAAAAGGUUAUGUCGUAGUUGGUGCAACAAUUCGAUUGGUUGAACUCAACAAGGAUUAUUCGAAAGAUCUAAAAGUAAGACUGAGAAAGAGGACAAAGUGUUUUCAGAAAAAUUGUUAA